ACUUGUUCACACGUCUCCUCCAGAUGGUCCGAGGGUUCCCUUUAUGUCGAUGAGCUCAUCUGGUGACAUCAUGAAGGGAAGUUCAGUGACUCUGACCUGUAGCGCUGAUGCUAACCCAGCAGCUAACUACACCUGGUACAAGGAGCAUGAAGACUCACCACGGGCAUCAGGACAGAUGUUCACCAUCACUGACUUCAGAGCUGAACACAGUGGGAAUUAUUACUGUGAAGCCCAGAACGAGAUGGGACGUAGUACCUCCACCUUACUUCUGAAUGUUUUAGGUUCAGGAACAUGGAAAUCAGCCUCCGUGUGGACCAUCUCUGCAGUGCUGCUGGCCAUCGUGCUCCUAGCUGCCUUCCUGUGGAGGAGGAGAAAGAAGGCUGAAGGUGGAGAGAGACCCGCCAACAGAGCGCAGUCCAACAUGGAUCCGGUGCACGACGCUACGGCCGCUCCAGCACCGAGACAACGGGCCGAACCGCUCCACUACUCCAGCCUCCGCUUCCCCCACAGGCAGGAAGAGGCCCUCUACUGGAACAUCAGGUCAGCUCCGCCCCGCAGACAGGACCAGGACCAGCACCAGGACCUGGACCUGGACCUGGACCAGGACCAGGACCUGGUCCAGGUCGAAUACACUGCUGUCAGAUCGGACAAUGCCUGUGGUGCCCCGCGAACCAGGCGUCAAGAAGACAACGUGGAUUUGUUUGCUUUGUACACAAAGAUCAACAAAUGAACCCCAUCUGUUAUUUAGUAAAGGGAUUAUCAUUCAUUAAAAAAUAAUUAAAAUGGGGUUUAACACUUGUUUGUAUGAUCAGUGUUUCUAAAUAAAUAUUUUAAA